GCUUUAUCAAAGUUUCACAAAAUAUAGGCGGAGGAACGAAUUGAUUUAUAAAAUAAUAACUUUGAAAGUUUUUCCAUAUGGUUAAACCUUUUUGAAUUUUUACUCUUUAAAUAAUUAAUUUUAAAACUUGAAUAGUUCUUUAAUUAUUUUAAAAUCAACUUUUAUAUGCUUUUUUGUAACAUUUUAUUUUUGAAAAUAAUGAACUAAAAAAAUUUUGAGUAUAUACUCUUAUAAUAUGGUUACUAGAAAUCUUACUGACAUAUUUUUACUAAUGCGAACAAAUUCUAUUCAAAGUAGAGGAAUAUAUUUAUCUCAAAAUGCAAAGCGUAUUGAUUAUGAUUCAGACAAUGAUGAUGAUGAUGAUGAUGCUGAUGAUAAAGUAGCUUUAAUGGAGACUGGACGUUCUAAAUGGAACAAACUUAAUUCACAAGAAAUUAAAAAAACACCUCCCAGUUGGGCUGGAUUGCUAGAAGAAGCACAAUAUUCUGUCACAAGAUUACAAAAUAAAUUAAAAGAACUUCAAUCAUUACAAGAUGCUCAAGUUUUAAGACCUACACUGGAUGAUUCUACUUUGCAAGAAAAACGUAUUCAGGAUCUUACAAUAGAUAUAACAAAGAUAUUUGGUUCAACUAAAAAAAUGAUUCAACAAAUUCGAUUGCAUUCAGUUGGUAAUUCAGGUAACAAAGAAUCCCAAUUAUCCUACAAUGUUUCAUCAGCAUUAGUAGCUUCAUUACAAAACUUAUUCAAUGAAUUUAGAAACUCUCAGCAACACUAUCUAAAUAAAAUAAAACACAGAGAAGCUAUGUCAUCUCAGAUGUUUUUUGAAAGUGAAGAUACAUCAAAUAAUUCUGAUUUAUUAGACAUGUUUGACAAUAUUUCAACAAAUUCUUUUGGACAUCAUUUACAAUCCCAGCAGCCAAAUCAAACCCAAACAUUUGCUGCAAUAUUAAUUGAAGAAGAAAAUGCUAAAAUGGCUGCACAAUGGGAAAAAGAAGCUAAUCAAAUAACCAAUUCAGUUGUAGAAUUAAAUAAUAUAUUUAAAGAUCUAGCACAUAUGGUUGUUGAACAAGGUACUGUACUUGAUCGCAUUGACUAUAAUAUUGAACAAACAGAUAUGAGAGUAAAAAAAGGAACAUCAGAAUUAAUGAAGGCUGAAAAAUAUCAUAGUAAUAAUAAAAAGAUGAAAUGUAUUUUAAUAUUAGCUCCUAUUUCUAUAAUAUUAUUAAUUAUACUUGAUAUUACAAAAUUUUAAAUUUCGGAACUUUAUAAUAAGGUGAUCACUCAUUUUUGUCUGUAUAAUAUCAAUUUAUUACAAGAGAAAUUGAAAAAAAAAAAAAGAGUAUUAAAUUUUUUUUGCAAUUUUUACUAUUUCAUUUAAUUUAUUGAAAUCAGAUUAAAUUAUUUGAUUAUUAUCCUAA